AUGACGUGGCAGCCGAGCACGCCUAAGAGGCUACAGCCUAUGAAGGAUGUUGACCGCAGCAGAAAUCCAGCAUAUAGCAACCGCGUCCAGCGAUCGGCCACGACAUAUACAGCAAAUAGGGUGUUUCAAGUCAGUACCAUCACGUACAGAGCUGCAAGGAUCCUAGUCAACGGAAAUCGGCUCGACUACUGUUCGCAUUCGCCUACCUUUGUUCAGCCUUACUCGUGCAUUAGCGGCACGUUCUCGCACGACAGCGUGUCGCGAUUGGAUUGGCUCGGCAAGAUGCUUGGGAUGAAUUGGGUGUUGGCCCCAGAUGUCCAAGAUAAAGUGAGAGGCACUCAUAUACAACGCAUAGCAUCCGCUCCGUAG